AUGUCUUCAGAACACAGACUCUUUUACACCACCCCCUCAACCGCAUUCCCAACCUCGCUCCCCCUGGGCAACGGCCGUUUUGCUGCCUCCGUCCUCUCCUCUCCCUCCAAAGAAGUAUUGAUCCUCAACGAAGUCUCCUUCUGGUCCGGAAAGGAGCAGCCAGCAGGCGCAGGACUCUCUCACAAGCCCGAGCGGGCCAAGGACGAGUUGAGAGAAACGCAGAGAUGCUAUCUCAGUGGCGACUAUGCGCAGGGGAAGAAGAGGGCAGAAAGGUUUCUUGAGAGUAGAAAGACCAAUUUUGGGACCAAUCUAGGGGUUGGAAGACUCGAAAUUGCUGUGAAUGGACAGGAGACUAUUGAUGGCGUUGUCAGUGGCUUUGAGAGGGAGUUGAGGCUUGACGAAGCUGUGACGGAGACGAGGUAUACUCUGAGCGGCCGCCAGUUCAAGAGGCGAUGCUUCUUGAGCCAUCCGCAUCAAGUCCUAGUUGUGCAGUUGGAGGGCGAUGACCUGCAGGGGCUAGAGAUUGAAGUCGAUGUCCAGGGAGAGAACGAAGCAUUUACUUCCAAUGUCAACGCCGAUGGGAAGCUCGAGUUCAACGUCCAAGCUCUCGAAACGGUACACAGCGACGGAACCUGUGGUGUCAAGGGCUACGGUCUCAUCGCGGCAACUGUCGAUGAAGGAAAAGUCCAGCGUCGAAAUGGAAAACUCGUCAUCUCGGCAAAGAAGAGCAUAACCAUCUUAGUGACGUUCAACACCGACUACGCCGAGCCUGGAGACGCAUGGAGAAGGCGAACAGUUGCACAGAUGGACGCGGCUCUCGAGCUGUCUGCCUCUGAUCUCUUUCAAGCGCACCUCCAGGACUUCCAGCCGCUCUAUCGCCGGGUGAGCAUCUCUCUGGGAUCUGAAUCCUGUUCGACUGCGAGCGCUCCAACAGACCAGCGUCGGCAGAGCUUCGAGGCUUCCGGAUAUGCUGAUGCCGGCAUGUUCGCGCUCUACUUUCACUACGCUCGCUAUCUUACCAUCGCCGGCACCCGGCAUGAUUCACCCUUGCCGCUGCAUCUGCAAGGCUUGUGGAACGACGGGGAGGCCUGCAAGAUGGGCUGGAGCUGCGACUACCAUCUCGACAUCAACACGCAGAUGAACUACUUUGCGAUUAUGAAUAGCGGCCUGUCCGAUCUGAUGCAGCCGCUCAUCAACUACCUUGUACGUCUUGGAGAGAGCGGCCAAGAUACAGCCCGCGUCUGCUAUGGCUGCCCCGGCUGGGUCGCUCACGUCUUUAGCAAUGUUUGGGGGUUUACAGAUCCCGGCUGGGAGGUGUCAUAUGGGCUCAACGUGACGGGCGGCCUUUGGCUGGCGAGCCACCUGAUUGAAAUGUUUGAGUAUUCCCUGGAUGACUCCUUCACGAGGAACGAGGCGUGGUCGGUGCUGUUGGGCGCGUCCAAGUUCUUCCUCGACUACAUGAUUGAGGAUCCAAAGACGGGGUGGCUGCUCACGGGUCCCUCUGUGAGCCCGGAGAAUAGCUUCUUCGUUGUCAAGGAGGAUGGAGAGAAGGAGGAGCACUAUGCGGCACUGGCGCCCACUCUCGACAUCGUCUUGGUUCGCGAUCUCUUUGCAUUCUGCGAGUAUGCUUUGACAAAGCUGGACUGUCAGGAGUCCAACUACAAGGAAGACGUUCGGAUGUACCGAGAAGCACUGGCGAAACUGCCCCCUUUCCAGAUUGGCAAGAAUGGCCAACUCCAAGAGUGGCUGCAUGAUUUCGAAGAGGCACAGCCCUAUCACCGGCAUCUGUCUCACACAAUGGCCCUCUGCCGCUCAGCGCAGAUUUCUGCCCGCCAUCAGCCUGAUCUGGCAGAGGCGGUCCGCGUGACCCUUGAGCGAAGGCAGGGCCGUGACGAUCUCGAGGACAUUGAGUUCACGGCUGCCCUGUUUGCGCAAAACUACGCCCGGCUGGGAGACGCAGAGAAGGCCGUUGCGCAAAUUGGCCACCUCGUGGGGGAGCUGAGCUUCGACAACCUGCUGAGCUACAGCAAGCCGGGCGUGGCCGGCGCCGAAAAGGACAUCUUUGUCAUUGACGGCAACCUAGGAGGCGCCGCGGCGAUUGCCGAGAUGCUGAUCCGCUCCAUCAUUCCUCGCCUGGGAGGGCCGGUCGAGGUUGACUUGCUGCCGGCCUUGCCCGCGGCUUGGGCUGAGGGAAACGUCAAGGGGAUGAGGAUCCGGGGAGGGCUGGAGGCUGAUUUUUCAUGGCAGGGCGGGAAGCUGGAUGGGGUGACGCUGAGGGCGUCUGCGGCAUCGUCCGUGGUGGUAUUUUAUGGCGAGCAUCGGUUCGAGGCAACGUAUCAGGCCGGAGACGUGAUGAGGCUGGGGCCGACGCUGGAGCGGGAGGGUUGA